AAAAUUUAAUUUUAUACCAUAUAAAGUAAAUAAAGUGAUUUUUUGAAUUAUUUACCAAAAACCUGAUUGUAAAUUAAUAAAAGCUAUUGGUUUUGAUUUAUGUGCUUACUCUAAUGUAUAUACUUUUAUGUUUACAAAUUAUUUUUAAAUUAGUGGUUUCUAAUAUGUUAUUUGAUCCUCACAAUCCCAAAAAUACAAUUUUUCAAAUUUAAGUGAUAUUUAAUAUUAGAAGUACUGUAUAUAUAUAUAUAGAUAUUAUUUCAUUCAGAUUAAAUAAUUUAGGCUUGAUUUUAUUCCUAAAAAUCUUUUAAUGAAAUAUCAUGACAAGAUUUCAAUCACCUCUUUUUGAGUUUGUUCGAAAAAAUGAUUUUAUCAUUCGUCUAAUAUUUGUUUCUCUCUAAUACUUUGUUUAGCUAUUAUAAUUAUAAUAAUGACAGAUUUGAAUUACUUAUUAUAAAUUUUCUGGUUUAUCAUUUUAUAAAUCAAAAAGUUCUUAGUUUAUAUAUAGUUUACAUAUACUAGUAUUAUUAUUAUAUAUAUAUUUAUUUAUUUAUUUAUCGAUAUACUCUUAAGUAAGUAAACCUCAAAAUCGUAGAUUACUAAAAUAAGUAAUUUGUUUUGUUUUUCUAAAAUUAGAUGAUUUCUAGACCGAACUUUUGAAUAUAUACUAGACAGAAAUUUAUAUUUCGAGUCUUCACUUAUAUUCUAUAACAGUUUGAUAUAUUAGAUUUGAACAUUAACAUGUGAAUAGAGUUUGCCGGUGAUUUUCUACAAAAAUUUGAUUCUUAGAUAUGUAUCCAAGAAUAGAACUAAUUUUUACAGAUGUCCAUCUUUUUAAAUCGACACUUAUGUAACUCACCUAAUUCAUAGAAGAAGCUAAAAAAAAAAACAAAACUCAUAUCAGUGAAACAUAAACAAGAACGCAAGCACAAUUUUAUAGAGGUAGAAAAUAAAAUUACUUAUGGGGAUUCAAUAGUAAACAAAUUGAGAGCAGACAACCUAAUUCAUUUUCGUCAUUUUACAAUCGAUGUUGCUUAUCUGGUUUUGGUGAUUUGUGUCAGCCGUAAAACUUAAUUUCUUUUUAUGCAUAUGAAAUCUUAAAAAUAAUUAAAAAGAGUUGUAAUACGUUAAUAAUUCAACAGCGAUGAUACAUUUAAGAGAUCAACAUUUGUAUUCCUCAUUAUACGUUAAAACCAUUUAAUGAACAAACAUUAGUAUAAAAAACUCACUCCACGCAUGUGCGCGAGUUAUCAUCUAGUUGACUAAUAAACAUGAAUUAACAAGAAAAUAUUAAAAAUUCAUUUAAAAUUAGGAGAAAAUUGAAGUUUAAUAAAGCUUUACGUAGAACACUUCUUAAGAAGUCUUCUAUUUAGGUCAUUUUUUGCAAUUGAAAAUUCAUGAAGUAGGACUUGUUAAGAAGUCUACUCUACUGAAAAAAAUCUUGAGAAGUUUUCCUUGCAAAUAUUGGCUUAACUUGGAAUUUGAUUUUUUUUUUUAAAUGCCAGAGAAGUCUUCUAGGAUAAACAUGUUAGUUUUGCAAUUGACCGAAGUUUGUCAGAUAUUUGAUUUUAUAAAGAAGACUUUCCUCCCAGCCAAAGGUUUGACCAAAACCCGGAAUAAAAUUUGAGACAUCUUGAGAAGUCUUAUCAUUAAUAUUAAAUGUUUUACUAUUAAUUUUCAAUUGCAAAAGUAACCCACACAGACUUCUUUCGAUAUCGAGAAGACUUCCAGAAAACUUUCAGAUAAUUUCUUUAUAAGUUUUCUCUAAGAAGAAUUCCCGAGAAUUCUUCUAUAAAAAGUUAAAUUUCUGACAAAUUUCGGCAAACGCAAAACAAACUUGUUUAUUUGAGAAGUUUUCUCUGGGAUUUUCAAAAAAAAAUUGUUAACAAAAGAAAGUUAGAAGACUUCUACGAAAGUCUUUGUUAAAACACACACAAAAAAUCAAUUGCAAAACUAAUUUAUGCAUUGAUUAGAAGACUUCUAGAGAAGUCUUCUUCGCGAACAGAUCUGAAAAAAAUAACGAUUUCAUACUUUAAACCCGUUAGAUGACUUAUGUGGUUUCUCCAAUCACCCACAACUUCACCAGAAUACCUACCAACUCGUUAAUGACCAAGAAUCAUGACCUUCAAUUCUCGAUGAACCUUACAUAAUUUGGAAUUAAAAUCAUUAGUAUUUUGGAUGAAUUUGGAGAGAUAAAGAAAAAGAUGUGAUUUGUAAGCAUAAGAAAUGAGAUAGAAUGAGAAAAGUUUGAAACUUUAGUGUGUUAGCACCUUCAAAAUGGUUAUUUACGGUGGUUGGUGUAUUGAUGACAAUGAAAAUGUUGUAAAUACUUGGUGAAGAUGGAGAUGAUAAGGUAAAAUACUCAUUUUCGAAAAGAAAAAGAAGUAAUGACAUUUUCAAGAUUAACUUAAACUUCUAGGAUGAAUAAGGCAAGAAAAGGUUUCAAAAAAACAUAUGUCAUUUUUUUGUUUGACUAGAAAUUUUAGGUCAUACUUCAAAAAAUCAAUUAUUUUUUUACAGGAACAAAUCCUAAGUAAACUUUAAAAAUAUAGUUAGAAAAUGUUAUUUACUAAGAGAAAUUAACUAAAAUUUAUGUAUAUUUAACAAAAUUAAAAAAAUUAUGGUGAUCAAAUCUUCAAAGAGUAGAAAAGGUUAGACUAAAAUAUAGAAAAUAAAAAGAGAAAUUCUCUAAGAUAAAUCUUUUAAGUUUUCUCACAAAAUAGCACUCACUGAGAAAAAUGACCAAAAUUGUUUCUAUUAAAAAGUAAAAAUACAUUUAUAUCAUAGGAUUAACUAAUCUAGACUUAGAGUUUAGAGAUAAAAGACAUUGUUUUGAAGAUAUAGUUUUAAAUUUUAAAAAAUAAAAAUUAAAAUUAAAAUUUUCAAAAUAUUUGGUCAUUUUCCUCCUUGAAAAUUAUUUUUGUGAUAAAAACUUAAAAAUGGAUAUUUGAAAAAAUUGCCUAAAUAAAAAAAAUAUUUUUUUCCGAAUUCAUUAGAAUAAAGAAAUAUACCCACUUUACAAACAUGUAAAUCAGUCACAGCCUUUUUUGAAAUACUACUGCGUUUUUCCAAUUACAAAAACUCUUUAGAAUGAUCCAAUACUAAGCAAAGUUUCUCUUAGAGUUUGAACUUCUGUCCUCCAAAUUUUAUAAGUAUAUUAUCAAGUAUAUCAACGCUUAAGGCUUAUCAAUGACACCAACUAGUACGUUAACACUAACAUACUUGAUCAUACAAACUAAGCAACGAUCAAUUCCGUUACAAAUAUGUCAACACCAACGCAACAACACAAAGUCAACAUCACACUCCAUAAAAUACUAUGUCACACCGUAUAGCAUAAACCGACACCAUAAGCACACAAUGAAAUCUGUCUCUUUGUUUUCGAAGGUCUUUUUCUUUUCUCACACAGCACAUAUUAGUAUAUACCAAACCAGAACUUGUUAUCUAAAUUUUUCAGAUGCAGUCUAAGCAAAAAUAUAUAUAUAUAUAUAUAUAAUAUAAUGACGAACUUCCUCUUCAAACAAUUUUUUUUUUUAUUAAUGGAAAACAUUCAUUCGUCUUUAAAUAUAUUCCCUUUUUCUUUUCCAAACUCAACUAUCCCACAUUGUAUAUCACAAUAGACAAACUCCAACAUACCUAGCUCCAGCUUCUUCAGCAACACGCAUAUAUCCUCAAAAAACUGCAUCUUCAAAUCAACGAAAUAAACCUGCAUCAUAGUCGUUUUCAUAAUAAUGCGUCACGUAUACGUUAUACACCAAACUGAAACUUAUUAAGAAUUCCUCCUAACUACUGUAUACAUUCAAGUCCAUGCAUAAACAUGAACGUUUUAUUUACGGUAAAUACAGAAAAAGGGAUGGCGGAAUACCAUAUCUUAUUCACUUUUUUUGUUAUUCAACUCAUUGAUAAGGCGAUAGUGUUUACUGAUUUAUGGAAUUUUGUUUGUGUUUUCUUUCUAAGUUGACUUAAAACUAGUACUUUAAAUCUGCAGUCUUCCUCGAAGUUUCGCGUGGGCAUUUUUUCCAUCUUUGAAAAUCAACCAAUACACAUUUUUUCAGUCUUUGGAAAUCAAGAAAUACACAUUUUCUCAUCUCCCCCAUUAUAAGAAUAACAACGGUCUAAAAUUGAUUCCUUCUUAACAAUAACGAAGAAAUACAAGAAAAACAAAAGUUAUCUUACAUUAAAAAUGGUGAAAUAUUUUUCUUUGAUUAUCGUCCUCGCUUCUUCUCUUCUUCUUGUCCUUCAAGACCUCGAACAAGUUCACGCCCUUGGGUGUUCUGGAAGCUUCUUAAACAGUAACAGCAGCUACUUUCAGAAUCGUCACAGUCUCUUCUCUACUCUUGCUUCAAAAGUAGUCGCCAAUGGUGGAUUCUACAACGCCUCACUCGGCAAGAAUCCCAACAGAGUUUACGCUCUUGUCCUCUGCGCAAGAGGCUACGAGCAACAAGCUUGUAUCAGUUGUGUCGAAAAAGUGACUCAGGAGAUACAAACGAGUUGCCCGAACCGAAUGAAUUCGUUCCAUUGGGACAAUGACGAUGGAGACCAUGUUUCUUGUCUUGUACGUACCUCAAACCAGUCAACUUUCAAGAACUUCCAGCUUGUACCUGCUGUCAUAUACCCAAGUCCACUUACUAUGGAGCCAUCCAAGGACAUGACCCUUUUCAGUAAACAGUGGGAAGCAACAGUUAAUCGGACAGUCCAGGCUGCCACGGAAGCUAAAAAUAUAUCCGUACUUCAGUACUAUAGUGCUGUAGAAGCCGAGUUCACGGAGUUUCCAAAUGUAUACAUGCUGAUGCAAUGCACGCCUGACAUAACUUCUCAAGACUGCAAGAUAUGUUUGGAAAAAAGCGGGACAUAUUUUAAAAAACAGUUUUGGGGAAGACAAGGCGGCGAGGUUAGUCGUCCGAGCUGUGUUUUCAGGUGGGAUCUAUAUGCUUUCCAUGGUGCUUUUGAUAAUAUAACAAGAGUUCCUGUACUUCCUGGAAGUCAAGGUCAGGCUCAGCCACCUUCAAAGGAAAGUUCUAUAAAAGGCAAUAAAGGAAGAAGCAUUGGGAAUGGUGGAAUUAUCUCGAUAGUUGUUCCUGCUUUGAUUAACAUUUUAGUGUUUAUUGGACUCAUCAAACUCUAUACUCGGAGGAGACAAUUCAACAACAUAAUCAAUGUUGGUACUGCAGAGUACUCUGAUGGUCAACUUAUGUUACGGUUUGAUCUGAGAAUGAUCUUAAUGGCAACCAAUGACUUCUCGUCUGAUAAUACGCUUGGCCAAGGUGGAUUUGGUACGGUCUAUAAGGGGAUAUUGCCAAAUGGCCAAGAGAUAGCUGUGAAGAGAUUAACAAAAGGUUCAGGGCAAGGAGAUAUGGAGUUUAAGAAUGAGGUUUCACUCUUGACAAGACUCCAACAUAGGAAUCUGGUUAAGCUUCUUGGGUUCUGUAAUGAAGGGGACGAAGAGGUUCUUGUCUAUGAGUUUGUCCCCAACUCAAGUCUUGAUCACUUUAUCUUUGAUGAAGAGAAGCGUUCGUUUCUUACAUGGGAGGUGAGGUGCAAAAUUAUAGAAGGCAUUGCUAGAGGCCUUCUUUAUCUCCAUGAAGACUCUCAGCUGAAGAUUAUUCAUAGAGACUUGAAGGCAAGCAACAUCCUUUUAGAUGCUGAGAUGAACCCUAAAGUUGCAGACUUUGGGACAGCUAGAUUGUUCAACACUGAUGAGACUCGAGCUGAAACAAGACGAAUAGCUGGUACCCGUGGAUAUAUGGCUCCUGAAUACGUUAAUCAUGGGCAAAUCUCAGCAAAAUCUGAUGUAUAUAGCUUUGGUGUUAUGCUUCUAGAGAUGAUAAGUGGUGAAAGAAACAAGAGGUUUGAAGGAGAAGGAAUUGCAGCUUUUGCAUGGAAGAGAUGGGUUGAAGGAAGGCCUGAAAUCAUAAUUGAUCCUUUCUUGGUAGAGAAUCCGAGUAACGAGAUCAUUAAGUUGAUCCAGAUUGGUUUAUUGUGUGUCCAAGAAAAUGCAUCAAAGAGACCAACAAUGAGCUCUGUAAUAGUUUGGCUUCGCAGUGAGACAAUUAAAGUUCCUUUACCUAAGGCUCCUGCUUUCACGAGUAAUCAAUCCCAAUCUGAAGAUGGGAUAAUGUCAAUCAGCAAUGUCUGCACGGAGUUGAGUUCUCGUUGACUUUAAAUUUAUUAAUCAGUAUGUUGUUUAUAAGGUAGUACAAAAUAUUCUUAUUACAAGUAGAUACAAUCACAAGUUCUAGAAACCCAUACAGAGAAUAUAUUACUUGCUUAUUUGAUUCAUAUGUUUGUUUUGUUCAUUGAUUGUUGCUCUUUUUCAUUUGCUCAGUGCUUUGUUUUCCUCUUUGAUUUAUUUGUUGUAUGAAAAAGGAAGACAGAGUUGAGAGAAAACGAAGAUAGGUCUAGAGUUUCCUUUAAUAAUAUUAUUGCAAUGUAGUCUGUAAGUAGCCACCACUCAAGAGGAGGAAAAGAUAUUUUCAAAUGAGGAAAGAUUAAACGCUCUGAACUAAAUAAAGAGUUCAAAGGAAAAUUUGAAUUUUUAGUCGAUCCAAACACAACUUUGACUUCAGUGUCCAGAGUCCUAUAGUCCAAAUACUGGUUAAUUUAUGUCAUAAUUUUUGAUUCAGAAUGAAUUUAAUAUCCCUGACCUCUCUCAUGAAAAGAAACUUGGCCUAAGUGAAUUUGGAUGUGUACAAGAUUAACAAGAAGUUCAGGGCAAGGAGAUAUGGAAUGAGGUGUUACUUCUGGCAAUAGUCAAACAUUAAUUAUGGCUAAGCUUUUUUUUUUUUUUUACUAAUAUGGCUAAGCUUUGUUUCUGCAAUGAAAGAGAUGAAGAGUUUUUCAUUAGCGAAAUUGUUUCCUAUUUAAGCCAUGGAAAAUUGAGGAGAUUCUCUAGCAUAAAAGAUUCUCUCUAAGAUCAUUUUCAACAUGUUUCUUUUUUCAACAUCUUUUAAAGAAAAAUCUACUUCAGUGUAUGUUCAUGUUUUCUUUUGCUGCGAGUAUAUCCCUAUUUAUAUCUUAAAAUAAAGGAAUGAUUUUUUUCUCUAAUAUAAAUUUUUGAAAAUAAAAUCACAUUGUUAUUUACGUAAAGUCUUUUUAAAAAAGCUUUAGUUUAAAUAAUAUCAUAAUAUAAUGAAACUUUGAAAAAUCUAAAAGGUAUUAAUAUGGUUUAAUUUUAAAUUUCAUAAAAUAAAAAUUAUUAGUUUUAAAAUAAAAUAAAAUUUAUUUAGAAUAUUCUUUUUAAAGGAAAUAAAUAGAUAAUUACAUUGAAUAAUAACAAAUUUUUAUUUCAUAGUUUCUCUAUUUUAAGAAAAAUUUCCUAGUAUCGGAAAUAUUGGAAAUGGUGUAACAUCGCUUUUUUUUAACGACUGCAAGAUGAUAUUGAAUCAACCAAAGGUGAGUUUGAAUACAAAAAGCUUGCUCAGAGAAAAAACAUAUAAACACUAUCUUAAAAAGUUUUAUGUGUGAAUAAGGGCUGCUUCUCUGAAAAUCUGCAAGUGUAGCAAAGCUGGUCUUAGCUAUUCUCGCGCAAUUCUAUUUGAUGAUGAGGACUCUGUUUCAAAGGCCAACGAAGAAAAAGCAGCACAGCGUACACUUAUUCUUAGUAGAAUCGCCCGGAAUCUUGGCCAUUAUGAUUGCUUCAUUACAGCUUCAAUGAGAUCAUGAAGAUCAGACCCAGUCAAAACUUUUUGAAUUUCGAGGUCUUUUAUGAGCAUGUUCAACGGUUGCUUUUUCAUAGGGCCCUAAAAAAAAAAAAAUAUUAAAAUAAUAUCAUAAAGAAAGAGAGUGUGAGGAGGGUAAGGCCAUGUUUAUCAGUAGGACCAAAAACCAAGUCCCUAGAGUUUUUUAAUCAUAUUUGUAGUUUAGGACAAUUAGAAGGACUUUGGUUAAAUUUUCAGAUUAUUAGUGGGACUUUUAGUUGGUCCUUAAGUUUAUUUUUUUUGCUUUUAAACAAUAAUAGAUAAACCCAAUAUAAAUUGAAUAACUAAUAAGAAAAUACAAUAUUAUUCAUUUAAUUAGAAAAUUUCAAAUAUUUUAGAAGUAGAUCGAGAAUCCAAAGAAAGACUAACGUUUUUGAUUGAACUGUGGUGACGGCUUCGGGAGUGGGAAUCUCCUGAGAAUCUGCUGACGUCUUCGGGAGAGAUGCGGGUGAGAAGAGGGAUGAAAUCCUCGGUUUGUAGAUUCGAAUCGGAGAAGAUUGAGGUGGGAGAUUCGAGAGGAGCUACCGGAGGGGAAUCGGCGGGGAAUGAGCUGAGAAUUUCGUCGCGAGUAGGAGAUAAAACCGUCGGUCUCCUUUAUCGCCAGCGUCGCCGUCGAGGAAAAAGAGAAACAAUUGUAUAUCGAAAAUGAAAGGGAAACCCGUGUUUCCCCUCCUCCGCUUCUCCGCUUCGUAUCCAGCCGACACGUGCCAAGGAAGGACGCGAAUAGGUCGACCUUAGUUAAGGCACGUCCGCCUUAAUAUUGCCCAUUUGUUAUUUAUUUUUGGGCCAAAAAUACCCAAGGACCCAACUCGCGGACGCCGAUAAACAUGGCCUAAGAGCAUCAUUAUAGGAGGGACCCAAAUUAAGUCCUUAGCAUUAUUAUUGAUUACUUUAGGGUUUAAGGACAAAGUUAAGGACUUUUGAAUUUUUGUUGAUUAUUGGUAAGGACUUUUAUGAGUCUUUAGAAAAUUUUGAUUUUUUAUUUUAAUAACUAAAAUAAAUGUAAAAGAUAAGUUUUAUAUAAAACAUAUAACAUUAAGCAUUGAAAACAU